AAAAACAAGAAGGUCGAGUGUCAAAAUUUACAAAGAGUGACGUUUCAUCCAUUUGUAAUAAUUAAAAAAAAUAGCUGGGCAACAAUUUGGUGAUAAAUUUGUGAGGUUUUAGUGAAUUAGGACGAAUGGAUGCUUGAAUGAAAUAGAGGAUGUCAGAACAAGAGAAAAAAAGUGGGGGGAGUUCAGCUCCACUGGUGGUGGAGCCGAAGACGGCCAGCAAACACAAGCCCAUCAGGUCCACUGAGCUUCAGGAAGAGACCGUAGACCUCCACCGCAAACAUUCUCGAGGGCCCGUUGUUGAACCAUUUGCUGAGGACUCUAUAGAUUCUAGUCAAGAUCUAAAAGGAAGCGAUCAUGAAAUGUCAACCGAUAAACAAAAGCAAACCAUAUCUAAGAAAUAUUCAUGUCCCACAAGUAAGCGGGGACCCUCUAUGGAAACCAUCACCUUAGCUCCGGUAGACAUAGAAACCAAGCGAGACUCACCAUCAUCGCAGCAUCAGCAGCCUAUUCCAGCGAAUGUGGAAACGGUCGCUUCUCAAUCGGGCAACUUAUUAGCAGUUAAACAAGAUGUAGCGGAGAAGAAAGGAGACGAAGACAGCAUAACGGAGGAGAUUACAGAGUUGCGGACCACAGAUGAAGCGAAGAAACAUUCCGAAUGGUCUGACGAUGAGGAAGCGGGCGGGCUGCCGCGCAGCGAGUCGCGCGCGUCGCGCAUGUCGCGGGCCGUGCGGCAGCUGCUGUGCUGCGGCGUGCGGUACGAGGCUCCCUCCGAGGACGACAUCUCUCCCCGGCCAGGCUACGCUACUGGGAUCUAGACCCCCUCCAGGCCGACCGCCUCACAAAUACGCACAUACUCGCAUGUUACUGUAGCUGGCCAUUUCCGACCGCCGCGUGAGCACCUUCCCUGCUGCGUAAUCCCUUUAAGACAUAAAUGAAUGUAAAUCUACCCCAUCACCUUGUGAGUGUGUGGAACGCCACGUGUUGAGUUAGCGACGGCGGGUGGAGAUGGCCAGCUGCACAAUCGGAACAGUGUGACGACAUCACGUAAACCUAAGCCCUGUAUAUAAUAUAAAAGGAAUUAUAAAAAUCUUGAAUUGCUUUGAAACGUAAUAAAUAUCAAAAGUUCUGCAGAAAUAUCGCCGGAUUUGACCAAAACCAGUUUUCAGUUUUUGACAAUCUCAUUGUUAAUUUAUUAAUAGACUAUUAUUAUGAAUCUUACUCUAUUAGUAGCAUAUAUUCAUACGUUUUAAUAGUAUUAGUAAUGUAUUAUUACUAAGAAUAACAUACAGUUAUUGAUGUAUGGUGAUUGUAAAUUAAAGUUCGUUUCUAUUAACAAUCCAAA